AUGUUUCUGGCAGAUGCAUUGGUACUGUUUGCAUCUCAUUGGAAAACUUCAACAGAAGUUAUGGUGACAAAUGUCGGCUAUGUUAGUACUACAGACGUUAUUCAAGAGUUAAUGCUAUUGAAAAAUGAGAAUUUAGAAGAGGAUUUAAUGUUUUUAUUUGAUGCUACAACUGCCGAAUUUUCAAACUCCGAUUAUUCCCGUCGUUUAUUGACCGCAAUUGACGCGAUGCGACAAAUAUUACAUACAGAAAAAAUUAAACUUCCAGAAAUAGUUGUUGUUGGCGAUCAGUCUGUGGGAAAAUCGUCAGUUUUGGAAGCACUAUCUGGUGUCCAAUUACCUCGUGCCAGUAAUAUUUGUACUCGUUGUCCACUGGAAUUGCGCUUAAAACGAUUACAAGAUACAAGUAAAGAAGAAUUUGCAACAAUUGAAUGCCUUGGUAACAAAGAAAUAAAAACAAUAGCAAAUUUUGAUGAUAUUCAAGAAGAAGUGAUAGAAAUGACAAAAACACUAGCUGGUGAUGGCUGCGACGUUAGCAUUACACGAAAUCCACUGCCUGGUCAAUCCGAAAAUAUUCACGAUCAAAUAGUUCAUUUGAUAACAAAGUACAUCCAACCGGAAACAGCGAUUGUUUUACAUGUUAUUCCGGCCUCCGAAGAUUUCACACGAUCAGAAUCGAUGAAAUUAUCAAAAGCGUACGAUCCAAAUGGUGAACGGCAAUUGAUUGCUGUUAGCAAAAUUGAUCAAUGUGAUGAAGCUAUUGGAGAAAAAUUACAAGGUAUUGGACCGGGUGCAAUGGCAUUACGGCUAGGGUGUGUUGCCGUUUUGAAUCGAAAUCUUAAAGAACUUAAAGAAAAUAUUAGUUUCGAUGAAAUGAAAAACCGCGAGAAAAUAUUUUUCAAAACAAAAUCACUAUUUGAUGAUAUACCAGAGGAUUUUAAAGGUAGUGAACAACUGGUGAAGAAAUUAGUUAAUAUACAACAGCAACGGAUUCGAUCAACAUUUCCGAAAAUAAUAGAAGAAAUAAAACAGCAAAUCAAAGCGAAAAAAGCUGAACUGAAACUAUUACCAACAGCUUUAACAUCGGAAAUUGAUUGUUGGACGAAAUAUAAUGAACUAAUUAGCUUAUAUCGCGAUAGUAUACAUUCAAAAGUGAAUGGAAAAUAUGACUAUCACACAGCAAUGAACAGUAGUGAUGACUCAUCACAAACAACAUCAUCUGAUGAACGUAUUGCUUAUCAUAUGAAAAAGUUUCAGAAAAAAUGUCAAGAAAAAAUUUUUUCAUGUUUUUCAAACUUUUUUACAGAAAACUAUUCACAAUAUGUCAUGAAAUUGAUUGAAGAAUCGUCUGGUAUUGGGUUGGACAAUUUUAUUUCAUUUGAAUUAUUUGUACAUUUGUACGAUGGGGAACACCAUAAAUUGGAAAAACCAUGUACUGAUUUAAUUGAAAUUGUCAAAGAAUAUCUUGAACAAGUUUUGUUACUCUUGUUUGAUAAAAUAUUUUCCAAUACAACGUAUCCACGUUUAAUUCAACAUUUGCCAGAUGCUAUCAAAACGCAAAUAGUUCUCGCUGAAGAAGAGUGUUUGAAACGUGUUACUGAACUAUUAGAAAUGGAACAACGUCCAUUUACACUAAAUGAAAGGUAUUUGGAGCUAAUCGAUAAAAUUCAAGUAGCACAUAAUGAACACAAAGAAAAAUCGAAUAAAAACAAUUCCUCAUCAGUCAAACCAGAAAUAAGAGCUGCACUAACGGUACCAUUUGAAUUCGACGGUUUACGUGUUGAAUUAUUAGCAGAGAAAGAGACAGCUAUUUAUUUACAAAUCGCCUUACAUUCAUACUGUAAAAUUGUUCAGCAACGUGUUAUCGAUAAUGUUAGCAUGAUUUGCUACUAUCAGUUUAUUACAAAAUGUGCUAUGACAUUAGAUAAAAAAUUAUUAACGAUGUUCACGUCAUCGGAGCUAUUUGGUUUGAUGAUGGAACCAGUCGCACAAAUGCAAAAACGUAAAGUGUUAACAGCAUCUAUUGACGUGUUUGAGAAAGCUCUUAAAUUAGGACAACAACAUGUUUAA